GCAAUCUUGGUUGGAAUUUCUUUGAAACAUCGUUGGCGGGAAGUGGGUACCAAGGACACUAACGGCGAACUGGCUACACACACUCAGGAGCAACUUGCACCAGAGCAAACGGAUUGUUCUACGCUCAAUUCUCGAGUUCUUUGCCUUUCUUUCUACAUGCUCAAACCCGCAUUUGGUCAGUCUCUUGGAGUAAUACAUACGCGACUUUCAACGGGUGCCGAUAGUAAGAUCUUUCUCUCAAUUGAAAGUAUUUCAGAGCUUGCGUCGCUCCUUACAACUGCUUGGGCAUUUUGUCUAGAGUAGGAUCUGCCGCGUCAAUUAUCUGGUUCUCCGAUUGUUCCAUCGGAAAUCUGCUCAAACAGAUCCUCGGGAUUGCUUCAGAAACGCAUCAGUUUUGGUGUACCUCACUUAAUUUCACCCAUAGAGCCUCUCGAGGGAUUCAAUCCUACUAGCACUUUGAAAUGCCAGUAUCGGCGGCUCGACAGCUUGUGGAGCUCAUUUACCAAGCUGUGAAUGACAUUGAAGCGGACGUUGAAAGCCGAUUGCCCGGCGGGAAACUCGCUGAACUCAAUUCACCAAUAGUCGCCCCAGAAGACGGACUGGAGAUGAGCCCAAAACGUAGAGAAGCACUGAGGACCUUACAGGCGGCCACUCAUCAAUUGAUCUCGACCCUGAUGCCAUCAGGCUUAUACGUGCUCAACAGCUACGCGUCAGUGUUCCAGAAAACGGCGAUCGAUACCGUCGUCGGAGCUCGAAUCGCAGACUUGAUCCACUCGAUCGACCCCGACUCUAGAAUGGGUGGCGUUCACGUCGAAGUACUCGCCCAGAAGGCGACUAUGGACCCUCAAAAGUUGACUCACAUCCUACGCUUCCUCGCUCUGCGUAAUAUCUUUUGCGAAUUAAGUCCAAAUCGUUGGACUAAUAAUCGGCAUUCAUUCCCACUACGAACCGAUUCAUCUAAUAGUAUCUUGAAUGCUCUCGGACAUAUGAGAGAGGAAACUUCUUUACCCGCCUUGGUUGAACUUCCUAAACUCCUAUUGGAUAAGCAAGUUGAUGGUGCUUUUAGUAAGGAUCCUCAUCAAAGUGCCUUCCAAAAAUAUUAUGAUCCUGGCUGCAGUCUUUUCGAAUUCUUGGCGAAAUCUGAGGGUGGUUAUCGAUCAGAAAGGUUUGGAAAAGCAAUGUUAGAAAUGGCCCAAGCCAAUGGCUCUGGGAUGUCAGUUUAUAAGGCGUUUGAUUGGAAGAAGCUCGGUCCCAGAGGUACCUUGAUUGAUGUCGGUGGUGGGGUUGGUGCGGCUGCGUAUACUCUUGCUACUUACCUUCCCGGAUGGAAAGUAGUAGUACAGGACCGGCCAGAGGUAAUCAAAGAUGGCAAAAAAAACCACCAAAGAAAAUCCUCGACAGCGAACCUGGAAUUUGAGGAAGUCGACUUUUUUGAGGAACAACCGAGGCAUCGCUCUGGGCGAGCAGAUGCUUACUUCCUCCGACACGUUUUACACGAUUGGCCCUUCAAAUCUUGCGUGGAGAUCCUGACCCACUUGCGAAUAGCUUCCAAGCCGACCACGUGUUUAUUGAUCUGUGAGACUGCACUCAACCCACCACUUCUGGAUCCCGACUCACCAAUCCUAUCCAAUGGAGGGAUGGCUUCAGUAUCAACCUACACACGCAAUCUUGCCAUGAUGACUCUACUCAAUGCAGAGGAGCGUAGUCAAGAAGAGUUUCUAGAAAUCCUCAACCAGAGUGGUUGGAAGUUGCAGUCAAUUACUCCCUUAGCUACCCUUGCGGAUUACUUCAUAAUCGAAGGUGUUCCUGACCCCGCUUGGAAUCAGGAAGCUCAAACACCCUAAUAUUUCAUAGAAAUUUUGACGCCUUACUAGCCAUCCGUUUUCUUUGCACUCAGGCUUUCUGGGGAGCUGUACAAACAAGAGAUUUCCUGAUGUUUUGUUCUAUUUCAGAUUGCUUUACCAGUAAUUAAAGUUUGAACACUGUGAAAUUUCCUGAAAUUCUCUCAGUAUCACAAACCCCUGUG